AUGGUUGCUCUUAAAGCAGUCCCCGUAGCCAUUGAGAUCCAGGAGAUAGAGAGUGCCUCAGCAGAGGAUGAAGAGUUACAAGCAGUACAUAAAAGCCUUGUUAGUGCAAGUUGGGAGAAGGGCCCACGGUCAUUUUUGAUGGUGCGCAACGAAUUGACGUUCAUUGGUCAAGUUAUACUACGUGGAACACGAAUGGUGAUACCCAAAGUGCUCAGAUUAAGGGUUUUGAAACUCGCGCACGAAGGUCACCAGGAUAUCGUCAAAAUGAAGGAGAGACUCAGGUCUAAAGUGUGGUGGCCAGAGGUUGAUAAGGCUGUGGAACGGAAGUGCCGGGAAUGUUACGGGUGCCAACUCGUCACAAAGGAGACAAUCACUCCGCCUGUUAAAAUAACCAGGAAGCCAGAGAGGCCAUGGCAUGAUCUAGUACUGGACUUACUUGGGCCUAUGCCAACAAGAGAAUAUAUGCUGGUCUUAGUGGAUUACUUCAGCCGAUGGGUGGAAUUUGACAUCAUUAAAUCUACCACUUCUGAGACGAUCAUCAAGUGA